GUUUGUUUGGUUUUUUAUAUACGAAAAGAGUAACAAAAGUUUGACAUUUAAAUGUCAAAACAAACAAUUUCACUUUACGCAUUUGGCUCGUAGAAAAGUUGAGGUUUUUUGAUUGUUUUUAAUAUAUCCCAUACUUUUUAAGUUUUUUGAAAUAAUGGCUGACAGUCAAACUUACGAAAUAGACGAAGCCGAAGAGGAGGCUUUAUUGAAAUCAGAUGAAGAAAUAGACACGACGCCUCGUAAAUUGAAUAACUUAAAAGGUAACGUAACAGCUAUGGAUGAUGAAGAUUCCCUAAUUGCUGAGGCUCGCCAAAUGGCCGAUGAAUAUUUAGAGAAUAAUAAAUCUAGUAUAGACAUUGAACCUUCUGAUGGAGAUAGUGAAAGUGAUUGUGACGACUACACCAAAAAUUAUGAAGAGUACACAGCCAUAAUAAAGGAGAUAGAAGUAAAUAAGUAUUUGUAUGAUAAAUAUGUGCGUUUGUGCAGUUUAUCGCAUGAUUUAAGUGACCUGACCAUCAUACGUGAAUCAUAUAACAAGUUUGCAGAGGUGUACCCAUUAUCUGCUGAAUUGUGGCUUAAAUAUAUUAAAGUGGAAGUAAUAUUAGCACAAUCAGAAUCUGAAAUAAAGAAAGUCGAGGAACUCUUUCGCAAAGCGCUAUCAGAUUAUUAUUCGGUGUCAGUUGCAUUAGAAUUUGGAAAAUUCGCAAGCCGUUGUGAUAAUGCUGAAAGCAUAUGGUGCGAAAUACUUGGCAGCUAUGGCUUACACACUAUGCAGGGUCGAGAAGUUUUUCAAAUGUAUCGAAGGUACAUUUUAGGAGUUGAUAAUAAAACCGAGGAACAGAAACAAGCUGCAUUUAUUGAAAGUUACUUACAGGAACUUAAAUAUCCAUUGUAUAAUAUGGCUGAAAGUUAUAUUGAAUUUAAAGUUUUUUUUGAAAAAAAUAAAAAAGAAUUGACAAAUAAAAUUAAUUGGGCAAAAGUUGAUGAAAACUACUUUAAAGCUAAGGAUCACAUGGAAAAGGUUCUGCCUUUUGAAGAACAACUAGUUAGUCUUGAUGAAAAAUGUUAUCAAGACCGAGCAGCACUUUACAUAAGUUACAUUAAGGAAUCAGAUAAAUUUCUGAAUGAAAAUUCAUUGCAAAUAAUUUAUGAGCGCAUGGUGGCUGAUUGCUGCUUGAAUCCAGAGUGUUGGUUAUUGUAUAUUGAUUUUAUUGAUUUUCGAGAUGAAUUUGAACGUCCAAGAGAAUUGUAUGAUUUUCCGAUUUUUAUGCAGACAGCAACAUAUAUAAGCAGCCGAGCUUUGCGUAAUUGCACGUGGUCAGAAAAACUUUACAUUAAUCGUAUGAAUUUAUUCGAAAAACAUGGAAAGCCAAGAGAAGAUGUGCAAACUGUUUUGGAAAGUGCAAUGUCGGUUGGUUUUCAAACACCAGAACCUGCAGUUGCCAUCUGGUUAGAAUAUUUAACAUACUUGAGAAGAAAUGUGGAUUGGCAAUGUGAAAAUGAUUGUGAAAUACUGCGCAAAAAUUUUGGUAUGGCUUGGUCUGUUUUGGGUCAACAAUGGAGUGUACUUGCUGACUGUGACUGUGAGAUCUUGCAGUUUUGGGGUAGAUUAGAAUAUGGUCCUUUAGGUGAUUAUAAACGUGGAAAAGAAUUAUGGACUACAGUAAUGGAUAGUUCAGAUAAUGCUCUAAAGUCCGGCCUCUGGAUUGAAUUUGCACAGUUAGAAUCCAAGCGAAAUUUAUUAUCAACUCGAGAAUUAUACCGUAAGGCUUUAAAUGUUCAUGGAAUAGAUAAUCCUUAUGUAAUUGCUUCCGCAUGGCAACGAUUCGAACGUUGCAAUGGUACAAUAAAAUCAGUUGCUCAUUGUAUGAAAGAGUGUUCAGAACUUUUGGCUACUACUGUUCUGGCUCAAUCACAGGUAAUAGAAAAUAAUACACAUACUAAAAUAAAAAAGAUUACUAGUAAGCAAGCAACAAAGAGGAAAUCUGAUUCCACAUCAAAAACGGACAGUAAUUUAAUGGAGAAAAAAAAGAAAACAAGAGAAACUAGUCAAGAAGAUCAGAGAACAAAAGUUGCACAAAAUGAACGUCAUGAUAUUAUAUUUAAAGAGCAUGAAGAUCAGGAAAUCGACUUGAGUAAGGAUCACUUGCGCAUAUUUUUAAGUAAUUUGGAUUACAGCUUGACACGUGAAGAUAUUCUAACAGGUUUUCCAGGCUUAAAAAUUGUUAACGUUAAUUUAAUAACUUCAGCAAAUGGUAAAAGUCGUGGUUUCGCUUAUUUGGAGCUUGAAGACGAACUGGAGGUUGAGAAAGCUUUAGCUAUGGACAGACUUAAUUUGAAUGGUCGGCCAGUGUUUGUUUCUAGUGUUUUACGUGAUAAAGAAAAACGUCAAAAAUUCAAAUAUUCUGAUGGUCUGGAACCCAAUAAAUUGUUUAUUAAAGGUUUGCCUCAUGACACUAAUAAAGAGGAGCUUGAACAAAUUUUCGGUGUUUAUGGUAAAAUAAAAGCUAUACGUUUAGUACAUCAUAAAAGUGGCAAAUUUAAGAAUAUUGCCUAUGUGGAGUACGAAGACGAUCAAGGGGUAAAGAAAGCAGUUUUAACUGAAGACCAAAAAGAACUACGUGGUUGCGUUAUGACAGUAGCUAUAUCAGCUCCUCCUCCAAAGUCUAGCACUUCCGUACUUCCUGUUAGUAAACUAUUAGGUGUUACUGCCAAGCGUAAUAAGACCACGGAACAAAAACCUCGAAUGUCACUUAUACCGAAUGUGGUGCGAAAGAAUCUAAAUGUUGCAUCGCAAACAACUAAAGAAGCUACGAAUGGUGCAACAAUUUCCAAAACAAAUGAAGAUUUUCGCAAACUAUUAAAUAAGUAAAUUCUUUAAAGUUUGAAAUGCAAUUUAAAAAAAAUCCUCUUAACUUUUUUUGAAAUAAAA